CCCUAUCUGAGCUCGAUUAGCGGUACUUAGUGGUUCCGGUGUCGCGUUGGCUGUUCAUUCCUGCUGGAGAUGCGGUGACGGGUCUGCGUUUGGCUCCUAGGGCGGCCGUCAUGGCUAACGUGUAUUCCCUGGACGGGCUCUUGGUCUUCGGCUUGCUCUUCGUUUGCACCUGCGCCUACUUCCGGAAGGUGCCUCGCCUGAAAGCCUGGCUGCUCUCGGAGAAGAGGGGCGUUUGGGGAGUAUUUUACAAAGCGGCAGUGAUUGGUACCAGACUUCAUUCGGCAGUGGCAAUAUCCUGCAUUGUCAUGGCUUUUUAUGUCCUCUUUAUAAAAUGAACCCCACUGCUUCAGAUGGACAACUGUUUAAAUGAAGAUGCUACGUUCUUUUGCUUCAGAGGACUGUACCUCUUAGCAGAAUUCACACAGAACCUAUACAGAUGGCAAGAAGAAAUUCUCCUGUGAAGUCUUGCUUGAGACCAAGGGAGUGUUGCUUAAAUAGCAGCAAUCUUCUGUGCUUCUAAGAGAGUUUCAACAAAAACCAAAAGAUUGUUUUACGCACAGAAUAUUAAAAUCAACAUUACAGUCUAUACAAGAGAAAUAUCACAGGUUUAUGGCAAGUAGAAAUGAGUGAGGUUUCUUCAGAGUCUGACAUAAUCUGGAAAUGGAAAGGUUGCUCCUGGUGUUUCUUUUGUCCCCCAAAUGUAGUAGCAUUGAACGGAUGUAGAUUUGUUUUCUUUGAUUACUGCACUUUGAGCUUACUUCCCAAAUUAUUAUAACAUGAAGAUGAGAAGAGUAUAUAAGAUUCAAUUAUAACUGAAGAUGAGAAACUAGCCAAUGAUAGAAUAAAACAUUUGUGCACUGUGAAAUUCUUGAAUUGAAGCAUAAAGGAAACAAAAUAUGAUUUGGUGAUACUCACUUAUCUUUUGUUGUUAUUAAUUAUCUUGUCACCUCAUACAAAUGGCUGAGUAUGGUUAAAAUGCCAUGUUAUUCUGUAGAACUCAGUUUGCAAGUAAGAAUUACAACAACUUAAACAUCCAAAAUGUGGUGUGGUAUAGGAGAAAACAGUGGGGACAUAAGAUGUGAGAUGUUAACAUGUUUAAAUUACAUUUAAAGAUCAUAACUUGUAUAUUUUGAGAAGUGUACAGACUUAAGUAUUUGUUCUAGUCUUUAUUUUUAAUGAUAUACUUUUAAAUUCUCCUCAUUCCACUCUUCCCCUUGAUAGUAACCUCCUGUCACCAUGUGCUUAAAGCAUAAGAGGUAUUCUUCUAGAAUAGAGGCAGUAAAAGAGCAUGUUUGACUUGUCUGUUUCAAGUUUAUAAUGUUGUAAGUGCUUGACAGAUUCACAAAUAGUUUCAAGGUUGGCCCUAAACAUUUUUAAUCUGUUGUUUGUAUAAUGCCAGUUCAACCCAAGAAAGCCAGUUUCUUUUUUAACACUAUACAUUUUGCCAUAGACAAAAACUGUCACUAAUUACAUAUCUAUUAAUCAGCAAGGACACUAAAGCCAUAACUUGGCCUUUGGUAUUCCAGCAAUAUGUGUUUGAAUAAAUCUGCCUUAUUUUAUCUUCCCUAUAUUUCCUGUCUAAAAUAUAUUGGAACCCUUCUUUUUUCAUAUGUGUGAUUUUUUGCUGGUUGGAAACUAUAGAAAUAAAAAUGAAUUUUGUCA